AUGGUGGCCAUCACGGUGCCCAUCUCGGUGGACGCGAUCCCUCUUGUGAAAUGCGCGCAUGCGGCGGCGGCGGCGGUGCCGAGCGUCGACCUGUCGGCGCCGGGCGCUGCGGCGGCCGUCGCGGACGCAUGCCGCGGCGUGGGCUUCUUCAAGGCGACCAACCACGGCGUGCCGGCCGCCCUCACGGACGCGCUGGAGGCCCGCGCCGCGGCCUUCUUCGCGCUGCCACACAAGGACAAGCUGGAGGCGUCGGCGCGGCCCUUGGGCUACGGCAGCAAGAGCAUCGGCUGCAACGGCGACGUGGGCUGGCUCGAGUACAUCCUGCUCUCCGUCGGGUCCGGCUCCGUCGCCGCCGCCUCCCUGCCGCCGUCGCUCCGGGCGGCGCUCGAGGAGUACACGGACGCGGUGCGCGAGGUGGGAGCGCGGGUGCUGGAGCUCAUGGCGGAUGGGCUCGGCAUCGCGGAGGAGCGCCGCGGCGUGCUGCGACGGAUGGUGGUGGCGCCGGCGGGAGACAAGGGCGGGGCAGACGAGCUGGUGCGCGUGAACCAUUACCCGCCGUGCCCCUGCCCCCUGGCGGCGGGGCAGCGCGGCGUGACGGGGUUCGGGGAGCACACGGACCCGCAGAUCAUCUCCGUGCUCCGGUCCAACCGCACCGGGGGCCUCCAGAUCAUGCUCCCGGAAGGCCGCUGGGUCCCCGUGGCCCCCGACCCCGAUUCCCUCUUCAUCAAUGUCGGGGACUCCCUCCAGGUGCUGACGAACGGGCGGUUCCGGAGCGUGAAGCACCGGGUGGUUGCGCCGGCGGAGGGGCAGCAGUCGCGGCUGUCGGUGAUCUACUUCGGCGGGCCGGCGCCGACGCAGCGGAUCGCGCCGCUGCCGGAGCUGAUGCGGGAAGGGGAGCAGAGCCUGUACAGGGAGUUCACCUGGGCCGAGUACAAGAAGGCCGCCUACAAGUCCCGCCUCGGCGACCACCGCCUCGGCCCCUUCGAGCUCCCCGCCGCCGUCACCCAAGAGGCAACCAAGGCCGACCAUCACUGCAGCAGCAACGCAGUUCAGCCGCCGGCGCCGGCGCCCCCUCACGUGGCACGAGUGCACUAGCUUAGCUUGGCUCCCCGUACGUACUCCUAGUAGUAGUGAUUUUCUUUUCUUCUUGUUUAAUUAAUGUAAAUCUAUCCGCCCAGACAUAGUAGUAGUACGUGGUAACUAAAAAUGGUGGUAAUAUCACUCUUGGGCAGCCCAAACUGGCAUGGCACCGAACUGUCACACCCGCCGAGAAAGAAAGGCGGCCUUUGUAACU